UUAUGCAUAAUUAUUUUUAAAUUGCUAAUAAGCGGUUCGAGUAAACAUAAACAUAAAGGCAAACGAUAAGGCCGUAUGAUUUGAAGUAGUUAGCUAAAUUUCUUUUGAAAAAAAAGGAGCCAAAUUUCAACCUUACAAAAACCAUCGAAAACGCUAUGAAAAAUCCCCCAAAAAAUAAUUUCAUGCGCAGUUGAUUAACCCGCCGCCGCACACGCCUCCCCCGUACUAUCCGACGCUUCUCUUCAGUAAUCUGUAGUCCAUGGCCAUGUCGUCCUCGAGCAGGUCGUGGCGCUGCUGUGGCUUUGAAUCCAUCUGAUGGGAUCCGAGGCGCAGCGAGUGGCGUGGAUGGGGGCAGUUCGGGAUCGGGGACGCGACGCCGACGCGGAUCUGGGUGAAGAUGAAAAGAGAAAAAAGGGAAAAUGAAGCAGCUGAUGUAUCUGUCUUCUUCCCUUCUUUGUUGUGGCGAAAUGUGUUGAUCACAUGGAUGAAUUGGUUGGGUGGCGGACAGUUGCAGUAGCAAUGACUGUCACUUUGUGCUGCCAACUAUUUAUUUAUCCGAUUUGAUCCCCCGAUCUGAUGCUUAUUAAUCAAUUGGAACAGUGUGUGAUUUGCAUGCACAUCGGAUUUGUUGAUUAGAUUAUCCUGGUCAAAGCCAUUAGCCAUGACGUUAAAGCCAAACCCAUCUCCUCGACGUCUUCCUCCUCCAUCUCGCAGCUCUGCAAUGGCAGCGGAUGGUUCAGUGCUCCGGAGGCUCUACUUCUCUGUCUACAACUGGGUUGUCUUCAUCGGAUGGGCUCAGGUGUCAUUGUCCAUGAUCUUGGCGUUGUUGGAUGACGGGCAUGAGGCCGUCUAUGCUGCUAUCGAGCGGCAUCUGCUGUUUGCACAGACUGCUGCCAUCAUGGAGAUUCUUCAUUCCAUUCUAGGAUUGGUGAGGUCUCCAGUGUCUUCUACUCUUCCACAAAUUACUGGAAGGUUGUUCAUUACCUGGGGCAUCUUGUGGAGCUUUCCUGAGACGCAUUCUCAUAUUCUUGUUACCCCCUUGAUCAUAAGCUGGUCCAUCACCGAGGUCAUCAGAUAUUCCUUCUUUGGCAUAAAGGAAUCAUUUGGAUUUACACCUUCCUGGCUCUUAUGGCUUAGGUACAGCACCUUUAUAGUAUGCUAUCCUGUUGGUAUGGUUAGUGAGGUUGGCCUAAUCUAUAUUGCCUUCCCUUUCAUGAAGGCAUCUGAGAAAUACUGCAUUGGGAUGCCCAACAAAUGGAAUUUCUCCUUCGACUACUUCUAUUUCUCUACUUUUUUGAUGGCUUUGUACGUUCCAGUAUUUCCAUACUUGUUGCGCCAUAUGGUUGCCCAGCGGAAGAAAGCCUUGUCAAAGGCAAAAACCACAUAACUACUCAAGAGUUAUUUUUUGCUGGGUCGGCCAAAGGUUAGCCGACCAAUUUCAUUAAGAUUUUGGGGGAAAAUACAGUAAAAUGUUACAACGGCAUUACAAUGCCACGGUAGCCAGGGAAGGACCCCAACCAACCAAGAACGAGAAAUGAAAGCAGGGCUAAACCCCGCGGACAGUCAUGGCGAUUACUCGCGAAAUUUGAUUUCUGAUUUCUGAUCACAACCAUGGCUCAGGAUGCUACCAUUUCUGGAACAAAGAAGCAAAGGUUACUAGAAUGGAAAUGCUAAAAUACAAUUAUACAAGGAUUAUCUUUUCCCUUGGUAAAUUAGAAUGUAUGCAAGUACCAUUCUCAUGGCUUGCUAAUGGUGUGUUGUACCAAAUAUGGGCGUUUCCAUCUGUAAAUAAAAUUGUACUCCAUAGUCCAUAUGGAUGCUGAAAAAUGAUAUUUAGAUGUUCUGCUUUUCAAGGAUGAAGAAGGCUACUGUCACCAUUUGAUUUA